CGACAUGUUUUGAUAUCUGACAGAUCGGUAUUUUUGCAACAAGAACGGUAUUGCAGCGGAAAUUUAACUAAAGGAUUUGAGUUUGUGUAAAAUUUAUCCGGUUCGCCAGUAGAAUGUCCCGCUUGCUUGGUCUUGAUAAACUGGCGAAACUUUUCACCUACAUAAGCGACAAUGGUGGAAUACGGGCCAGUUUGUACAAACUGUAUAGGAUGGAUGAAAUGAAAUCGGGACGUCUCGUAGGGCAAGACAAGUAUGGAAACAAGUACUUUGAAGAUCCGACACAGUUUUAUGGCAGAAAUCGCUGGGUGGAAUAUGCCCCACAUUUUAACAUGGAAUACGAUGGAUCCCAAAUUCCAGCUGAAUGGUUCGGUUGGAUGCAUUAUAAAACCGAUUUGCCUCCCAAUCGCGAUGGUGCGCGCCCUCAUUACUCAUGGAUGAUUGAUCACAGCGAGAAUCUGUCUGGAACAAAGGGAGCAUACAUGCCAUACUCGACAACACGCCCAAAGAUCGAAGCAUGGGACCCUAAGAAGCCAGCGCCAAAGCUCGAAUGAGUUUACACUGUUCUCUAGUAAAUAAAUGUUCUUUGCUUUAGUAACGGUGAGAAUUUGUAUGCUGUUUAUUUCAUAUCGUAACGCACAUCAGAAAUGUGUGAAUUUAAUGUUUAUAGCUUGCGCUUCUUACCAGGAGGCUUAGAUGAAACAGUGCUUGAUUUCCGUUUA